GACAAUAAUAUGAGGAGUGGCAGUUCGGAAUUACUACUCGAGCAGCAACAACAAGAGCUACGGUUACGUAAAAUCCGAGAACUGGCUCCAAAAAAGAAAAAUGGCAAUCGGCGCUUUCGUUCGUGGCGGGAACGUGCGCGUUUCUAUGGCACCUCAACACUCGCCUUCUUCUCGGUGACGGCCGGCGCCUCGCUGCUGUUUCUGGUGCCGCUCUACGUGGAUCCGGCCAUAUCGACGCUAAGCCACGAUUUUGUUGAACAUCCCACGUUGUGCACAACAACGCGUCGCGAAGAUCUCGUUGGUAUAUUCAACUGCUCGUGGAGUUCGUGUCGCGAGGGCUGCACCUCAGAUCUGUAUCGUUGUGUUCAUAUCUAUGUGACGUUUAUCGAGGCAAACAUAACGAUACCAGAGAAUAUGACCGAUUAUAGUAAUUACACCGCCGACUGGGAGCAAUCCGACGAGGCCACGCUGCUCGUCAACAUUAAGGGGUGCGGCUAUCCGCCCACAGUAACGUGUAAAAAUUUCAACUCAUUCUACGGCGUCGAAGGCGCCACAUACCCGUGCUUCUAUUCGCGCAAAAACAAAACCGUCGUCCUAACAUCCUACAAACACGACGAUCAGGUGGCCAUGAUAAUACAUUUUUUUGUGGUGCCCUUUGUGAUAACGGUCAUCUCAUCCAUCGCAUUGUGCAUUAUGCAUUGCGAUUGCCGCUGCAAAAAGGAUCGCAGCCAUCGACGCAAUCGUCCACAGUGCAGAAGGCCACGCAUCGAGAAUCUGAGUGACACAUCGAUAUCAACGCGAGUGGACAUGCUCACGCCUGCUAUUGAAGUAUAUAAGCCGCCUCUCUGACACAAAGAUGACACUGUGGAGAGCAAUUUAGGGAAUCCAUCGACGAGUAGCGAUUUUUAGCAGAAGCUAAUUACCACUGCGGAACUAACUACGGAUAAUCUAUUUGUUCUUCCAACAUAGUGUCAAUCAAAUUUAGCUAACUGAACUCUUAAACAACUUCAACCAACCAAGUGUCUGUGGCGGCCAAACAACUCCUCAGGCGCCCCAAAAAAAGCGAAAAUAACAGAACUUUUGAGAAGCUAAACAAACUGCAAAACUGGACGCAAACACUAAAAAGUUUUUUUUUUAGUAAAACUACCAACAGCAACUACCAAAAGAGAGAAGAAAACAAACAAGCACACAAACAAACGAAGCGAAAAAUGCAAGCAGAGUUAAGCGAUAUAAUAUUAUAACAAUUGAUCCAACUGAAUAAUUCCUAAGAUUGAUUACAUUUAGUUACUUUUUAGCGUAAAUGAUUUUUAAACCUGUUCGAGUGCAGCAAACAAAAAAUGUAAACUAGCUCAUAAGCCUUAGGAUAUCUCAACAAAUAUGGCAAUGCGGCUGCAGAUUCGCAGCAGCGAACGCUAGAAGCAUCAGAAUUGUGUUUUUGUAAUUAGCGAGUGCAAUAGCAACAUUUGAAUACCUAUGAACUAAAGGCGUAUGCAUGAGUGUGUAUGUGUAUGUGUGGGUGUGCAUGUGUACUAUAUUAUAUUGAGCGAGAAAAUGUUUUGCAAACCGAUUUAUGUAUGAAUGUCUGUGUAUCGAAAUAUAUGUAAAUUUUGUUUACAAGAUUUGUGAGUUAACCAAACACACAACAACAAAUA